AUGAAGUCGCUGCUCCUGGUCGUGCUCUUCAUGUGUCUGGCUUCGGCUGAUGAGGCGGCCGGAUCGGUGUGCGAGAACGACGCCACUUGCCAGGAGACGCUUGGGUCAGCGUACUAUUGUUUGAACUCCGCGUCGAAAUCUCCGAAGACAUGUGAGAAGCUAAAGAAAACUGAAUGCCUGACGGACGAUGUUUGCAACCCACCGCGAGGGAUCUUCGCAGCCCUGCCAAAUCCGUUCUGCCAUUUUGACGACUACUGCCGAGGAGGGUGGUACGAGGGAAAACACUACCACUGUAAAGCUGUCGAGGGAACCGAGCAGAAAAUUUGCAAGAAAUUACCCGUCCUCCAAUGCGUCGACGAAUCCGACUGUUGGAUGUACAAGCAGCCCGCUUGCAUUGGCUACCACGAGGGACGUCCGGGAUACUGCCUGGAGACAGAUCCGAAUGCA